AAUUAUCUGUAAACCUUGUGUGUGUGACAAAAACAUUUAGAUUUUAAUUAAUUAAUUAAUUAAUUAAUACCAUUGUUUCGACUAUCAAAACCUAUACUAUCAGUACUUUUGAAGAAGAAACCAAAAAAAUGGUAGAAUCGAUAAUAUUCUCGAAGAAUAAGUUGAAAAUAUUGAAUCAAUUGAAACUUCCGCUGCAAGUGGAGUACGAAGACAUUAACAAUGUUACCGAUGCCUGGAAUGCCAUACAUUCGAUGAAAGUUCGCGGCGCUCCGGCCAUAGCUAUUCUGGCCGUUCUGAGUGUUGCCGUUGAACUAAACGAUCGACAGUUGAUCAGUCCGUUCAAUGACAACAAAGAGCUGCUAUUGUCGCGACUGAGAGAUCAGUGUACAUAUCUGUGCACUUCGCGGCCGACGGCCGUCAACAUUGACAAAGAAUGCAAACAAUUGGUUCAAUUGGCCCUAAAAUUGUCGACCGAUUCAAAUGUUUCGUUCGAAGCUAUGGUCAAUCAAUUGACUGAAUAUUCGGUAAAUUUGUUGCAAAUCGAUAUCAAUACCAACAAAGCAAUCGGCGAUUUCGGUGCCAAACAUAUCAAGUCGUUGGCCAAUAAAGAGUCGGUGACUAUACUGACGCAUUGCAAUACGGGAAGUCUGGCCACAGCCGGUUAUGGGACAGCACUGGGAGUUAUCCGAUCGUUGCAUUUAACCAAUAGUCUGACCCACGCCUAUUGCACCGAAACGCGUCCAUACAAUCAGGGCUCGCGACUGACCGCUUGGGAACUGUUGACCGAUAAGAUACCGUCGACAUUGAUCUGCGACAAUAUGGUGGCCGCUCUUUUCAAAAACAAAACUGUCGACGCCGUUGUGGUCGGAGCUGAUCGAGUGGUGGCCAACGGCGAUACGGCCAACAAGAUUGGCACCUAUCAGAUAGCGGUUCUGGCCAAAUACCAUUCGGUGCCAUUUUUUGUCGCUUCGCCGCUGAGUACCAUCGAUAUGAGCAAACAGAGCGGUAAUGAGAUACCAAUUGAAGAGCGACCGGCCGAUGAGAUCAAAAAGAUUGGCGGCAUUCAAAUAACGGCUGCCGAUAUCAAAUGCUGGAAUCCAUCUUUCGAUGUGACGCCCAAUGAGUUGAUAACCGGAAUCAUCACUGAAUUGGGUGUCUUCGCCCCAAAUGAGCUCAAGACUAAAAUCAACUAAAAUAAAAAAAUUACAGACAAUUUAUUUCAGAAAAUCAAUUCAGAAAAUUCAUUAGAAAAUUAGUAAUUUGUUGUUUUUUUUUAAUAAAA